AUGUCCAGCGACGAUGGUUCUUCCGCUUCCGCCUCUGGAGCUUCAGCUGCCGCUAGCUCCUCCGCCCCGGCCCAAAACCAACCACUCGCCCGCAACGACCAACACGACGCACCGGACCGUCCGGUGUCUGCCAUCACCUUCCGACUGCCGCAGUACUGGCCCGGCGAUCCGCAGCUUUGGUUUGCACAGGCAGAAGCGCAUUUUGCCCACCAUCGCAUCACCAACCCGCGGGCCAAGUAUAAUGUCGUCGUGAGUUCGCUGGCUCCUGAAUACGCCGCUGAGAUUCGGGACUUGCUCCUAGCGCCGCCAGCCGAGGAGCCGUACCAAGUCCUGAAAGAGGCGCUCACCGCACGCACACAAAAGUCCGAUCAGGCACGGUUGCGUGAGCUACUCUCAACAGCCGACAUCGGGGACAGCCGACCAAGUCGCGUCCUCCGACGCAUGCAACAGCUUUUGGGCAGUAAGUCUCUAGACCCAACUAUCCUGCGCGAGCUAUUUGUACAGCGUUUGCCCGUGACGGUCCGCCUGAUUCUGGCUGCAACACCUGCAAGCCUCAGCCUGGACGAACUUGCAGCGCUUGCUGACAAGGUGGUUGAAAGCACGUGCUCAACCCCACUCACCGGUACAAGUGUUCACACUCUGAGUGAAGCCCCUAGCCCUGCUCGGUCUAGUACGUAUACGGCCUUAUCAUGUAGAUCUACAGCGUCCACAGAUGCGGAACAGGCCUGCACCGCUGACAGGGCUGAGAUGGCCCAGCUCCGAGCUGAACUCGCCAAGCUGACGUCCGCUGUGAAUGUGAUGACCCGUGACACCGGUGCCCCUUCCCAGCGUGGCCGCCAACGAGAGCGUAGUCCCGGGCCACCGUCACGCCACCCAAGUGCCUCCAGGUCUCCCGGCCGUGACAAUCACGACGACCUUUGCUGGUAUCACCGUGCGUUCGGUGCGAAGGCGAACAAAUGCCGAGACCCCUGCCGAUUCCUGUCGGGAAACGGGAAGGCCAGCCACUAG